AUGACUUCAUCAGACAAUGACGAGACUGGGAGUGACAUAUCAGAGUCUUUGGAAGUGCACAAAUUCCAGACUCAGUAUGGAGACUCAGAGAGUUAUUACAAAUCCAAAAGUUUACCCAUUCUUAAUGGAGGCUUUCCAGCAGGUGGUGAGACUUGGGAUCCAAGGCUGGUCAGCACAGCGCAAACAUCAAUAAACGCUGACCGUUGCUCAGUGUUAAGUGAACUACAGCAGAAAACUGACUCCAGCCAGCUGGACUCUCCCACUAGGACUGACUUCUCUCCCUCUAUGUCCAGCAUGGUGGGUCUAAGCAACUCCAUGAAAGCUGAGGCCAACAGGGCCACUGGUAAAAAAAUAGGCUUUUCUCUUACAAGGUUCAUUGGCCUUCCGGCCAGGAAAUACGUUAGGGUGAUUCUCUCAGAUUCCAGGUGUUUUCUGUUCUGUAUGUGUUACCUGACUUUCAUCCAGUCACUGAUGGUGUCAGGAUACCUUAGCAGCGUGAUCACCACCAUAGAGAAAAGAUAUAGUCUGAGAAGCUCGGAGUCUGGACUUCUGGUGAGCUGCUUUGACAUAGGCAGUCUGUUGGUGGUGGUCUUCAUCAGUUAUUUUGGAGGACGAGGUCAAAGGCCACGUUGGUUGGCAGUAGGUGGGGUGUUCAUUGCUGUAGGGGCGGCACUGUUCUCCCUACCUCAUUUCAUCUCACCGCCCUACCAAAUCCAGGAGGUGAACUCCUCCACAGGGAAUGAGGGACUGUGCCUGAAUGGGAAUGGCAGCGGUAGGGAUGCCUUAGAUGUGUCCUCCUGCCCCAGGGACCAGGAGGGAAACGAGCACUCUAUCUACGUCGCCCUCUUCAUCUGCGCCCAGAUCCUGGUGGGCAUGGGAUCCACGCCAAUCUACACUCUCGGACCAACCUACCUGGACGACAACGUGAAGAAGGAAAAUGCAUCCCUCUACCUUGCUAUCAUGUAUGUGAUGGGGGCUCUGGGACCUGCUGCUGGGUACCUGCUUGGAGGAGUUCUGAUUGGAUUCUAUGUGGAUCCCAAAACCAUCGUCAACAUUGACCAGAGCGAUCCUCGCUUUGUAGGCAACUGGUGGAGUGGUUUCCUGCUCUGCGCUAUCGCCAUGCUGUUGGUCAUUUUCCCCAUGUUCACCUUCCCUAAGAAACUGCCGCCUCGCCACAAAAAGAAGAAGAAGAAGAAAAAGCUCAACGCUGACGACGGGUCCAGCGACGAUGACGUUAUGAAGGAGAAAUCAAACAGCAAAAGCCAAACGGUUACCUCCUCCAUGGGCUUUGGAAAGGAUAUUAAAGAUCUUCCCAAGGCAGCCGUAAGGAUCUUGAGUAACAUGACCUUCCUGUUCGUGAGCCUUUCCUACACCGCAGAGAGCGCCAUCGUCACCGCCUUCAUCACUUUCAUCCCCAAGUUCAUCGAGUCGCAGUUCGGCAUCCCGGCCUCCAACGCAAGCAUCUACACUGGUGUGAUCAUCGUGCCGAGCGCAGGCGUAGGCAUCGUCCUUGGUGGCUACAUCAUAAAAAAGCUGAAGCUGGGGGCUCGGGAGUCGGCUAAACUGGCCAUGAUCUGCAGUGGGGUUUCUCUUCUCUGCUUCUCCACCCUCUUCAUCGUAGGCUGUGAGAGCAUUAAUCUGGGAGGCAUCAACAUUCCCUACACCACAGGCCCUACACUCACUCUGACCCACAGAAACUUGACUGGCAGCUGUAAUGUGAACUGUGGCUGUAAGAUCCACGAGUAUGCGCCAGUAUGUGGUUCUGAUGGCAUCACCUAUUUCAACCCCUGUCUGGCAGGCUGCAGCAUGGUGGGCAACGACAGCACCGGGAUUCGGAACUACACAGACUGCGCGUGUGUCCAGAGCAGACAGGUCAUCACUCCUCCGACGGGGGGUCAGGGCAACCAGCUCCAGCUGGUUAUUGUUAAGACCUACCUCAACGAAAACGGUUUCGCCGUGUCAGGAAAGUGUGACCGCACCUGCAACACCCUCAUUCCCUUCCUCAUCUUCCUCUUCAUCGUGACGCUCAUCACCGCCUGCGCACAGCCCUCUGCCAUCAUCGUUACUCUCAGGUCGGUAGAGGAGCAGGAGAGACCCUUUGCCCUGGGAAUGCAGUUCGUUCUCUUGAGAACACUUGCCUACAUUCCAACACCCAUCUACUUUGGAGCCGUAAUUGACACCACCUGCAUGCUGUGGCAGCAAGACUGUGGCGUUCACGGCUCCUGCUGGGAGUACGACGUCACUUCCUUCCGCUUCGUCUACUUCGGCCUGGCGGCCAGUCUCAAGUUCGUGGGUUUCGUCUUCAUUUUCCUCACUUGGUACUCCAUCAAAUAUAAAGAGGACCGGCUGGAACGCUGGCAGCAACACAUGCCUCCGCUAAGCACCGUCAGCGAUCUCAUCUGCCACGUGGGCGGUCAAAAGAGCCACGCCCGCACCCGCUCCUGCCCCGUCUUCACCCCUCGGCCCGAGCUCCCGGGGCCGCCGGCCCUCAGCCGCAGCCACAACAGCCAGAGUUGCCCCGGCAACACGCUCAAAGCAAUAACACCGCCGGUCCGCUCUCUUCAGGAGGUCGAUGCACACAUCUGA